UUGAUUUUGCGCAUGGUCGUUUCCAACAUUGUCCUUUCUUUCUUAAAAUUUUCAAUUUAACUAAUUGAAUAAAAAGUAGAAAUCUCUAACAUACCCAUUUAAUACUAAAACAUGGAAAACAUUUUUGUUGCUGAAAAUCUUGAUAAUGUGUGUCGAAUAUGCUUUGAAGUGAAAACCGACUGUUGUUCCUUGUUUUCAAAGAAACAUGAUUGUUGUGUUUACGAGAAACUGGUAAAAGACGCGAAAUUACAGUUUCACAUUAAUGACGGAGGCCCAGCAUCUAUCUGCAGCCAAUGCCUCGACGAAUUCAGUGUGUUUGCCAAAUUCUUGGACAAGUGUAAAAGGGCCAAUGAAAUAUUUCUGCAAUUCAAAGAAAACCUUAAAGAUACUAGCCAUGUUGACAACAGUUCCAUCUCCUCCACAAACAAUGAUGCAGAACAAAACAGCACAGAGAAUACUUCAAAUGAGAAUGAAAACUGUAUUCAAGCAAAGGCCCAAGAUGUAGAUAGUCAUGAGUGGAAGAGUUCUCCAAACAAACCUAUGUCACAUACAUGCCAGUUUUGCUGCAAAGUGUUCACUAGAAAGUUUAAUUAUAAACUUCAUCUCAAGCGGCAUAGUGGGGAGUGCAACUGGCAAUGCCCCGAGUGCGGCGCGGCGACGCUGACGCGCGCGUCGGCGCUGCGCCACUGCGCGGCGCGCGCGCGCCAGGCCUGCCCGGCGGCAGGCUGCGGCAAGACCUUCACUUCCGUCACUAAUCUCAACACUCACAUCAGGAAACAUAAUGGAGAGAGGCCGUACAGCUGCGCACAGUGUGGGAAGAGCUUCCGGAGCAAGAACACCUUGAGUGAUCACAUGAGAACACACACAGGCGCGAAGCCAUACAUGUGCUGGGUGUGCGGCAAGCAGUUCGCGACCAACAAGCUGGGCGCGCACCUGCGCACGCACGCCACGCGCGCGCUCGCGUGCCCCGCGUGCCCGCGCCGCGUGGCCUCCGCGCGCGCGCUGCGCCUGCACGCGCGCACGCACGCGCCGCCCGCGCGCGCGCACGCCUGCGCCGCGUGCCCCGCGCGCUACUGCCACAAGCAGUCGCUCAACAAGCACCUGCGCAACGCGCAUGGCGUGAAAACAUCGUAAAAUGUUCGAAGAAAAUCAAGUUCUUGGACCGAGUCGACAAAAAUUCUUUCAUAAAAUAUAUAGUUUUAGUUCCAUCAUAAAGCAAUCUAGUCAUCCAUCAAAGAAUAAACUUUAGUUUUUACGAA